UCUUAAAUAUUCAAUCUUAUGCCACAUUCGUAUAUAUAAAAGUGGAUGUUCAGUCUUUUCACAAUCAGAUGUUGUUCUGCAUACAUCAACAUUGAACAGUCUGCCAAUAUGUCAAAACACAUAAUUUUUGCAACCUUCAUAAAUGUGCUUGUGUUAACGGUUGCUAAGGAACCAUUUUGUCCAGUGUGUGCCCGGUAUGAGUAUGAUGAAAAACUGUUAGAGAUGGCUUUGGGAGUAACCCUAAAGGAAAUUAAGGGAACCAACGCUAAAGUAUUAAGUACUUUAGCGGAUAUAGAAGAAAAUCGGAUGGCAUUGAACUUGGCUUUAGAAAAAGCUAAAGAUGAUAUCCAGAAAAUUGUUCAUGAAUAUAGACAAAUCAACAAGAGCAUCAGCAUUUUGCAUGACAUGAAGCAGAGGACGUGGGGAAGCUGGGGAGAGUGGGGUCAGUGCAAUUUCUCGUGCAAACGGGGCGUAACCGAGGGCGCGAGAGUUCAGACGAGAUUUCGGAACAUGACCGUGGACAGCGUUGUCAUGCAGACGGAGACUGACCAACGUCCGUGUAACGCUGUGCAGUUUGCAGGAUGCGAUAAGAGUAGCAGUGCAGACGACAAUUACGCGACUGCGUUCAGUUUCACAGACGAGAUCGCUCAGGCCACGUGCACGGCGAUACGUUCCGAAGGAGGUUUCGUGAGAGCUGUGCGACGCACGUGCUCACUCCAGGCUGUCUCCUGCGAGGACCUGUGCAAGAGUCUCAGCGCAACGUGCUUCAACGCUCUUCACGUUUACCAACCGACCAACGUGUUGGGUCGUACGGAGACCGGAAAGGCAGGCCUGAAGACUUACAGAUACAACUCCUGUAGCAGCUCUAGCUGCGGACCCAACUUCUGCUGCUGCACCGGCGAUUAUACAAAAUAAGAUAAAACCGAUCCUCAUCAUAACCUAAUCCAUUAACAGAAAAUUGUCUUAUUUAGUGUGUAUAUGUUAAUGCGAGGUUAAUUCGUUCUUUAAAACAUAACUUAUCAUGCUUUUAUAUAAUCACUUCAAUAUUUUGAACAGGACUUUAGAUCAUUUUGUGUUUGGUAAUAGAUACACGUCAAGCAUUUGUUACCACAAUUCUGCAUAGAACCUUUCUGUUUAUGUUUGUUUCAUCUAAAAUAGAUUUGUUUAUGGAAUUUUGAUGUACACGUUAAAUGUAUUGUCAAUUGUAUGAUGCAUACUGAGAAAGUGGUGUUGCAAUCACAACUUAUUGUAAAUACAUAGUUGAGAUGGAAGGCGCUUACUUAUUGUAUUAAUGCUUAAUUUAACACUACAGCUCUACUUUUUCAUAUAUAUUAUGUGCUUCUCAUAACACCUUUAACUGUUUUAUAUGGUAAAAAACUAUUUUAAUACUUAAGUCGUAUAAAAUAAAUCAUUUUACGACCGUUGUUUUCCAAUACUGUCAAUUUUAAAUGCGCUGAUUCACAAACAUAUUUUACUUGAUAAUAACGGAUAGUCUUAGGCCAUAUAAAGCAUACGAGAUCGAAUAAAAACAGACUAAAAUAAUGCUUCUGUCAUACGAGCACUGAUCUAAAUAAAGAAUUCUGUAAUAGUAGAUAUGAAAUGUCACACAUGACUUCAUGUUCAAGUAGUUGUGAAACAAUUUAAGAAUAUUGUGUAUAGUGUAAGACUCAAGUCUAAAAAUCGGUUGGUGAAUGCGCGCCCUUGUUAGACAGUGGUUUCGUGUAUUGUAUCGUAAGAAGGAUCAUUCAAAGAAAACCGACUUUGACACAUGCAUUUUGUCUAUACAAUAAUAAUAAUGAUCACGAUGACCUGUUAUAGGCUGAAGUAAAUACAAUAUUCGUUCUGUUCUGACAAUUAACCACACGCAAAUUCGUUUAUGUUGCACUUUUCAACACUUAGCAUUUAUUACGUUUAUGGUAAACACGUAUGCCACUUGGACGCUGUAUAUAUGGCGGUAAAUAAACGGGUACAUGCUGAAAGACGGCCGCUUACAAGAAAUCAAUUUUAGCUUAAUCUGCGCAAUGAAAUGAUAUCGGCACAUUUUCACAAUACUUGUUCUUCAUGAAAUUGUUUGAAAUUCACAUAACUAAUGGUGGCACUUUUCUUAUAUUUUUGUAUUAUUUGGCAGUUGAAGAAUGUUAUUAUUUGAUUCGACAAUCCAUAAAGCAAACAACCAAA